CAAAAUAUACCACCUUACCUCGUUGAGCCUCAGCGACGAGGUCGGACCGACUCACGGAUCGUGUCAAUGGCCUGCACAUGGCCGGGUAGUUGUGCUGAAGUUUUAAGACCUUCCUUGGCUGUCCCGUCUCGCUGGAAUAGUUUAUUUGUCCUCUCAGCCAAUUAUCCCAUGGAUAUAUGCCUUGGUUGUCAAUUACGCCUCUCCAGAGAUCAAUAUGGACGAGAAGCAGGACUAUAAUGGUCAAUCCAGCCCUACAGGCACACGGGAUGCGGUAUUGGGCCCGAAUUUUAACUACAUCAAACCCCAGGGGCGCGAAACGCACGACCCCGAUGUCGCCUUUGAGGAGUACCAUUACUAUGCACAUGAGACGAGAAAGGAAGAGUUGACCCUCGAGUCCCCGCGCAUGAACUGGCGCGAGCUCAUCAACCGGAAGAAGAUGGAAUCAGGGGCUGCCGGGCACCCGCACCUGCCAGAGAGCCGCCUUGUUGAGGCAGACUUUGCCACCCGUGAGCGACGACUCGAGAUUUCGGACGAGGAGUGGACGAAUGCGAGUCGAGCCUUCAGGACGGCAUCAUGGGGUGCCUGUUUCUUCUUGAUCACCACAGACAUCCUUGGUCCAUACGGGUCAGGCUUCGCGAUGGGCACGUUGGGCUGGGGCCCAGGCAUUGCAUUCUACACCGUGUUCGGCCUCAUGGCUGGGUACUCUGGGUACCUGAUCUGGCGGGUCUUCUUGGGCGUCGACAGCUAUGAGUUCCCGGCCAAAAACUACGGUGACCUUGCCUUCCGCACGUGGGGUUCGACCCUUCGAUACAUUACCAACAUCUUCCAGGCGAUCGGGCUGCUGCUUAUCGUCGGCCAGGUUACGAUCCAGUACGGCGAGAACAUCUCGCAAGUAUCCAGGUUCCGGCUGUGCUACAUCGUCUGCCCCGUCAUUUUCGCCUGCGCCGGCUUCUUCAUCACCCAAAUCCGCACUCUCAAGUCCUACGGAUGGGUGGCUAACUUUGCUGUGUGGCUGAACCUGCUUGUCAUCUUCAUCACCAUGGGAGUGAUGGCGCACUCGCCCCCGAACUUCGCCAUCGCGACGCUGGGUUCGGCGGGAAGCGCAGUGGAUCCCAGCACCAUCACGCCGGACAAGGACGGUAACUAUCCGCCAAUCAUACAUUAUAAUAAUCUCCCGCCCAACGGCCUGGUCGGCUCGAUCAACGGUCUGCUUUCGGGCGUGCUGGCCUACGCCGGCGCCCAGCUCUUCGUGGAAUUCAUGGCCGAGAUGCGGCGGCCUCGCGACUUCAUCAAGGCCAUGUGGGGUGCCCAGUUCUUCAUCUACAGCGUCUAUCUCAUCUACGGAUGCUACAUCUAUCACUUCCAGGGCCAGUACUCCUUCCAACCAAGCUACAUGGGCGUCAGCAUCUAUGGCUGGCAGACGGCGGGCAACAUCAUCUCCCUCGUCUCUGCCCUCAUCGCCGCCGGGUUGUACGGCAACAUUGGAAUCAAGGUGCUCUACAACAACAUCUUCAUAGACAUCUUCAAGUCGCCACCUCUCACCACCCGGCGGGGCAAGAUAAUCUACGCCGUUCUCGUUCCCAUCUGGUGGAUCAUAGCCUUUAUCAUCGCUGCGGCCAUCCCCGACUACUUCGGCUUCGUCAGUGUCAUGUCUGCGUCUAUGCUCCUGAACCUCACGUACACGCUGCCGCCCCUGUUGGCUCUGGGCUUCGACUGCCAGAAGAAUGCUAUCCGGGCAGACCAUGGCGAAGGAUUCGAUCCGACCACGGGCCAGGUCGUCAGGCCCGCAACCAGCAAUGUCAGGCGCUGGAUGCGUGGCUUCUGCAGCGGUGGCCCGUUCCAGGUCGCUGUUAACAUUUGGCAUGCCGUCUACUUUCUGUCGUCGCUUGCUAUGUGCGGGCUGGGCAUGUACGCCGCGGUAGAUGGUAUGAUUGUGGCUUUCAAGAACCCGCAACUUAACUCGUUUUCCUGCACCUCGCCUCUCAACCUACAUCCAUAGGGAUUUUGGGUAGGUUUAGAACUGCAAGGUUAUGUUUGGGUUCUACUGUGUCUCACUACUGUAUCUUUCUCCCUCAUUGUCCUGGUCGCUUGAACUCUUAGUGCAAGUUGUUUAAUAUUACAAUCGUUCAAGCUGC